AUGGUGAUUUUUCAUGUCAAAUGUCGACACGACCAAAGCGAAUUUUUGUUUAACGCAUCGGUCUCGACUAGUCACGACGUGUUGAUUCGCUCCUUGUGCCGUAUACAAAACUUACAAUUGUAUUUAUUAACGCUGUCGAAUGCGAUUGAAAAGAUAGGACGUGACGGUGUGACCAAACUGCUACAAGAACAGAGGAGGAAUCACGCGUACGAGGAAGGAAGAGCCGAUACAAAAGAGCAUGACAAGGUCAAUCAAGUAGACGUAAUGGUGUGGCCUAAGUGCGAGGAAAUGAGUCUGCAGCUUGAAAAUAUUUUGAUGCGAGUGGCUGCUGAUGCUAAAAUGGCAGUGGAUAGCAAGACACAAGUGGCUCGACGGAUCUGCAUUACAGAGAUUGAGUUGAUGGAAAAGCUACAGACUAUUCGUAAAGCUGUGGCCAUGGUAUUCCCUAUGGGUCUACCAACCCAUGACCCAGUGAAGGUUAUGCUGGAUGCAAAAAGUGUAGAAGAAGCGCUGGCAGACUUUUCCGUUGUGUUUCACGUCAUGCCAGAAGACACGGCGGAGCUGUGGUGGGCGGGAAAACCAAUCUUACGUAACCAGUACGUACGUGACAUAGCAGGUGAGAACGAAAAGUCGACGCUAGUGGUCCAAUUACAGAAGAAAGGAGACAGUGCGCCAAGUCGGGAACUCGGCGUGAGUGAGGACGAGCAUAAAGCAAGGAUGGUAUUGUGCGAUAAGAAACAACAGGAACGGCAGCAGGCUACCGACGAUACUGCAGAGGAUUAUAUAAUGUCAUCUUGGGUGGACUCCAAGGCGCUCAAGAACUCGAUCCAUGGCACUGAUACUAUUCGACCAUUUUAA